AUGUCUUUGAACCUCUUUUCCUCGUCGCCAUUGCUGCGCAAUGCCGCGACCACAGCCAAUGUUGGCCUGUCGCUAUGUCGCUGGAGCUCGACUGCUGCCAUGAGCGCCUUCACUUCCCAGCGCGGCACAAGCUCACAGACCUCCCAAGUGGUCCAACGACGCCGUUUACCAAGUCGCCUCAAAUUCCUCGAAGAUCAGAAGGCGCAAGGCGAGAGCCGAGCCCUUGAGAAAUACCAGACUCGUGACUUCAAGGCUGGAGACAUCUACGCCCCUCACGAUCUUAGCCCGGCCGAGAUGAAGAAAUGGGGCAAGCGCCAGAACCCGCAAAAAGAUGCUUUCGAUGCAUUGAACCUGAAUCCUAUGGAUUUGUACAAGAAUUUCUCCGUCAUGUCCGAAUAUAUGACCAGCAUGGGCCGCAUCAAGCCCCGAGCCAUCACCGGUCUUCGACCUGUCAACCAGCGCAAAGUUGCUAAGGCACUCCGGAGAGCCAUCGGCAUGGGUCUCAUGCCCAGUGUCCACCGACACCCCGAAAUUCUUGCAUCUGAGAUGCGGGCACAGUCUAUUUGGGCUGCUAGCCCCUCCACCACCCGCGGCCAGCCCACCCAGCUUUCUUCUGAUGCCAAAGGCGAGCGAUUAGCCUAUGCAUCCAACAAAUCCAUCUUCCUGCGUUCAAUCGACGACCCCGCGGUCGCUAGGCAGUACACCGAACACAAGGCACAGACAACUGUUGCACGCUUUUCGCCCUCUGGUUUCUAUGUUGCAAGUGGCGAUGCUGCUGGAAUCGUAAGAGUAUGGGACUGUGUCGGCGAAGGAAUCACCAAGGGUGAAUAUAGCAUUGUGAAUGGUCGAAUCAAUGAUUUGGCCUGGGACGGUGACUCCCAGCGCAUUAUUGCCGUCGGCGAUGGCAAGCAGCGAUAUGGACACUGUAUCACCUGGGAUAGUGGAAAUACCGUUGGCGAGAUCCAUGGCCAUACGCAACAGCUCAACACCGUGUCAAUUAGGCAGCAGCGGCCUCUGCGUGCCGCCACGGCUGGUGACGAUAGGAAGACAGUCUUCUACCACGGAGCGCCGUUCAAAUUCAAUAACGGAAUCGCGGACAAGCACUCAAACUAUAUCUACGGAGUUGGCUUCAGCCCGGAUGGUUCGCACUUGGUCAGUGUUGGCGCGGACCGGAAGAUCUGGCUCUACGACGGCAAGACAGGCGAGACCAAGGGUCAGAUCGGCGAAGGAGAACACAAAGGUAGUAUCUUUGGUGUGUCCUGGGCUAAAGACUCGCGAAAGUUCGUAACUGCAAGCGCAGACCGGACCGUCAAGAUCUGGGAUGUCGAAGCUGGCAAAGCAACACAGACCUGGACCUUAGGAGAGGAGGGUGCUAUGGCUGUUCGCGACCACCAAGUUGGAGUGGUGUGGCCCCCAGGAAGAAGUGACAACCUGCUCAUUAGUUUGUCUCUCAGCGGAGACUUGAACUACUUGGUCGAGGGAACCCCUGAGCCCCGGCAGGUUGUCUCGGGCCACCAGAAGAGCAUCACGUCUUUGACACAGACAACUGCGGAUAACAAGGAAACUUUGUGGACCGGCAGCUUUGACGGAAGAGUUUGCAACUGGGAUGUAGCUUCAGGUAAGGCCGAGGAGAUUGAAGGAGAAGCCCACCCCGGUUACGUCGCCGGGCUUGCGACUACAUCAGAGGGAAGCGGUAGAAUUUAUAGUGUCGGCUGGGACGACACCCUCCGUUCUGUCGACGUCGCUGCUAAAACAUACACUGGCAGUGCUUCAAAGCUGAAUGGACAACCGAAGGACAUUGCGGCUGGCGACUCGACCGUGCUUGUUGGCGAAGCUGAAACCAUUGAGAUAUUCCAGGAUGGCAAGAAGACGGGAGAAUAUAAAACAGACUUUGUGGCUACAACUGUAGCUGCGCAUGGUUCUCAGGCAGCUGUUGGGGGUGAAAAUGGAUCUGUUCAGAUCUGUGCCAUCUCCAGCUCCCGACUCUCUCCCCGGGCAGACAUCAAUGCCUCUCGCAACCCAAUCUCUGCUCUUGCGUUCUCCCCAGAUGCCUCCCACCUGGCGGUGGGUGACUUGCGGGGACGUGUUCUUGUUUUUAAAGUUGCCGAUGGCAGUCUGGUGACGGACCGCUGGACGGCGCAUACUGCACGAAUCACAUCACUGGCCUGGAACGAGGCUGGCUCACACGUUGUGAGUGGAUCGCUGGAUACGAACAUCUUUGUUUGGAGCUUGGCCAAGCCAGGUGACUGGCUUGAGUUGCAAAAUGCUCACAAGGAGGGCGUCCAUGGUGUUGGAUGGGUUGCAGGAGGCUCUAAGAUCAUCUCAGCUGGUGCUGAUGCAGCGGUGAAAGUGUGGAAAGUGGAUGGCUUGAAAUAG